CAGGAGCUUGUGACUUGCGUGAUCUGAACAAAGGUGUUUUUAUCUUGCAAGAACUUACCAGGAAGGAACGUAAAUCCCACAGUAUGUCACACAUCAGAACGAACCUUAGAGGAUGUAAGGACUGGACAGAUUUUGGCUAUCCACUGUCGACUAGUAGUGAUGAAGCGUGUAAGCUUUAUGACGCGGCGAUAUCACAGUUGGUUGGAUUCUACGAGGAUCACAAUUUCGGUGGACUUUCGGGGACCAUUGAAAAGAUGCUGAAAGCGGACCCAGAAUUUGUUAUGGGACAUAUACUAUCCCUCGGCAUCAAAAUGGUAGGAACUGUGUUUAUUGCUUCCGAUGAUCCAAUCAGAGAAGAGGUUACAAAACUGGAACAGCUCAUGUCCAAUAGAAACGUUACAGACAUUGAAUCGAAACACCUGGAAGCAAUCCGGAAACUGUUAGACGCAGACCUUCCCGGAGCUGUUGCAGUGUGGGAUUCCAUUUUACAUUUGAAUCACUUUGACGCCCUUGCUAUUCGCCAUGUUUUCUUCGGUUGUUUUUUCCUUGGGGCGUUCGCACAGUGCAGAGAUAUACUCAGUAGAAUAGUGAGUGAAUGGUGUCCCAGCACGCCUCUUUAUGGGUAUUUUCUUGGGGAGUAUGCAUUUGUGUCACAGGAAACAUUCCUCUUCCAGCGGGCAGAAAGAGAUGCCUUACGGGCGUUAGAAAUGAACAGACAUGAUAUAUUUGCUCGACACGCGGUAUCGCAUGUGUAUGAGAUGCAGGGUCGAGUUGAAGAAGGAUUGAAACUUGUGGAGGGAUCAGAAAAUGACUGGAAUAUUUGUGAUCAUCUUGCCUGUCAUAUGUACUGGCACAACAGUCUGUAUCACGUUGAAAAGGGAAAUUACGACGAAGCGAUUGGUAUUUACGAUACUGAGCUUGUCAAACGGUAUAAAGAUUCCAAGUCGGCGGGAAACAUGGUGGAUUGUAGCUCUCUGCUAUAUAGGCUUGAACUUGAGAAUUUUUCUGUGGGAGAACGAUGGAAUGAUUUGUUGAGAACGAUAGACGAUGGAAUAAAAAAACACACUAACUUAUACAUUGAUCCUCAUCUGCUGAUGACGUGUCUGGGAGCCAAGGAUAGCGCCGCCACGACAGCAUUCAUGGAUACAUUCCGGGAAUCAGUUAGGAAUGGACAUGGUCAUAGCAGGGGAGUGUCUGAGAGAAUUGUUCUUCCCCUUUGUGAGGCUCUACAAGCACAUGACGAUGGCGAUCAUGGGAAGGUCGUAGAUCUCACCUAUCCCCUCCGGCACGAAUUCUCCAAUUUUGGCGGCAGCAAUGCACAACGAGACGUCUUUAACUUACUUUUGAUCGACUCGUCGUUGAAAUCCAGCAGGGAAGAACACAGAAACUUUGGCAGACAUUUACUAGUUGAAAGAAAGGCGUUCAAAGAGAAUUCCCCAAUGACGGAUCGUUUGAUGGAAAAGAUACUGGUUUCCCAUGUGAAAUAAGAAUGAGAUGGCUACAGAUGGUGACAUCGGAUGUCAAUGACCUGUAAAUAGGGACAUGUUCAUUUCUGGUACCAUUUCAGUACAGACACGUAUUUGACUAGCGUAUUGCUCAGUUACGGCACGAGUCAAAAUUGUCUUCCUUCGUGAGUUUUGUUACAAUGUUCAAAUAUAUGUGCUGAUAUAUAUAUGCUUACCUCUACUAGUCAGAUUGAUUUGGUGAUGACGUCAUGAUAUCAAUAUGUUCUAAUGAAAGUGCGUGGUGAGAAAGGGUCAUGACAAGAGAUGUCUUAUUUAUGAACGUUUUCGAUGGUUUAAUAGAUUGGGUCAUUACCUGUUAAUCUGCUUAUGUUACUCAAUAAGUCUGAAUACGGUAAUCUAAUGAUUUUUGUGCUUUUUGUUGAACGUUAAAAACGCGAAAUUUACACAGAAAAUGAGGCGAAUUUAUUAACUGCAUAUUGAGUGUUUAAAUUGACAUAUUUGAUAUAUCACGGUGCUUUUCAAUUCAGGUUUGUGUUCCCGAUGCUUUUAAAUCCAGAUUAUUAAAUUCCAAUACAUCCACCAAUAAGGUAUGGGAUAUGAUUAAACGAAUCAGUGGUAAAACAACAUUCAAAACAAUGGGACAUCUGAAAACUAAUGGAAAAUUAACCACAUCGAAAUUUGAUAUUGCAUUCCAAAUAAUUUCAACAAUUUAAGAUCACGCGAGAAAAAACUAAAUUGAAAUUCUCUUCCGAAAACAAUGAAACUUACAAUCUACCUUUCUCAAUGUUAGAACAUCGAGAAUCGUUGAAAAAAAUCACAUGGCUCUGCAACAGGACCUGAUGAUAUUCGCUUACAGUUCCUAAAACAUCUACCAGAGUCGUCAUUAGAAAAACGUCUUUAUAUUUUUAAUUAUAUUUUAGAUCGGUCCCAAAGUCAUGGAAAAUGAUGUAUUUUUUUUCUUUCCCCAAACAAGGUAUCUGGAACCAGUCACAUAAUAUCACUCCUACAAUGCGGUUUUAGAUGUAAGCGAGGUACCACAAUCUUCUGUCUACUCGAUAAUGUUUUUAACGUAACGUUACAAGUAUAAAACCCAUUAUUUAAACUGUUAAGAUUGGUAAAAUUCUAGGUUACCUGAAAGAUAUAAUAGAUUAUGAUGUACCAUUUUAAUCCUUUGUGAUGUUAUAUUCAUUUAAGUUUUUCAGCGUUUGUCUUUUACCUUUUAGUUUGUUUGAUGUUAUUUCCUUUUGGAUCGCUGUGUGUUUUACCAGUUGAUGGCCCUAAUGACCUUUUAUGUGUUGACAGGCCGUUAAGAAUGUCAUAAUAAAAAUAAUAAUAAUCAAGAUUUGUAUAUGCAGUAAGUACUGCAAGUCAUUUGUAGAUAAGCUUUCUAAUAAAGUGUUGCUUGCUUUUGAUAACUAAUACGAAAUAAAUUAUAUCAUUGCAUGUUGAUAAAUACGCCAGAAUAUAAAAACUUUAUUUAUCCUGCAACUGGCAAUCCAUCGUCGGAAGACACCUGCCACAUGUAUUUUGCUGUAUUCGGCAGUAUGAAAAUUAUUUUAUACGUAACUUUUUUAUUCAAUAGUAAUUUCUACUCUGGUCCCUCAAUAUUUUCAAUUUUACGCAAAGGAACAUGAAUAUUGACAUACAAUGGUUUGGAAAACAAUUGUGUUCAUGACCUGGGAGUACUUUAUUGGAGAACAGGUCAGAUAUGCAUUCAUAUCAUAUGAUAUUCAUAGAUUUUAACUGACAUAAUUUUAAUUGAUUUGUUUUCAAUUACUACUUCUAAUUUCAUUUGUACUGAGAAAGUUAGUAUAAUCUUUUUAUCCGCUUU